AUGCGUGCGUGCUCGUGCCUCGGGAUCCUACUCUUGACGGUCGUUUUCGCGUCGCACGGCGCGAAUGCGGCUUCGUUGUGCGCGGUGCGACAGGAGGCGAAAGUCUUGAAGGUGGAGCUAGAUUAUCAGGACGAGUUGACGGUGUUUCCGGGCGCGUUGGCGCUCUUCGGAGGGGACGUUGAGGGCAACGUAACGCGAGGGCCGUGGACGCUCGGGGUGCCGAAAGACAACGAGGAUGCGUACGGAUGCUCGGCGAUCAGUGGAUUCACGGAUAAUGUUCUCAUUGUCAAGCGAGGAAAGUGUGAGUUUUACGACAAGGCCAAGGUGGCGCAGGACGCAGGGGCAAAGGCUGUGUUUAUCGUGAGCGACGGCGAGGAUUUCACAACAAUGACGUGCAAUAACAACAAUCCACUCGACGUCGUCUCAGUCAUGUUGGCCGCGUCGGCUGAGAAGACACUUAUGGAGGCGGUGAACGUUCCGGGAGUGACGGCCAAAAUCGCGUUGGCUCCGAACGUGCCUUAUAAAAUGGACUUUGUGGCUUCAGGGGCGCUCGUCUUCUUCGCUCUCGCAACCAUCAUCCUCGGUGGACGUUGGUCUUUGAAGGAUACGAAGAGCAACUUAAGUUCGAAGCGUGACGAGGAGUCGGACGGGUUGAAUGAUGGAGGACGCAAUGAACGGCAGGAGGGUAUCGAGAUCAACGAGUACACGGCGUUUUGGUUUGUCCUCAUGGCAUCCGUUGUGUUGCUCAUUCUCUUCUAUUCGAUGCAACACUGGAUAUUCGUCCUUAUGCGCGGUGUUUUCGCGUUCGCCUCUUUUCAGGGCCUGCAGAUCAUUUUCUUGGAGGGCCUGAUUUCGCAGAGAAAGCCGACAUCUCACGACUCAAAACUCGUGUUGCCGUUGAUCGGCACCGUCCACAAGAUGUCCAUACCCGCCGGUGUCAUGGCAGGUAUCGUCGUAGCGACGUGGCUCAUCUUCCGACAAGCAAGCUGGGCAUGGUUAUUGCAAGACAUCAUGGGACUGGCGUUCUUGACCAACGUGUUGCGGCUCGUUCACCUGCCAAGUUUGAAGGUGGCGACCAUACUUCUUAGUUGUGCCAUGGCGUAUGACAUCUUCUGGGUGUACGUGCAGCCGCAUCUGUUUGGCAAGAAGAGCGUCAUGGUCACGGUCGCUCGUGGGGGUGAGAAGGGCGAGAGCUUGCCCAUGCUGUUUUUAUUCCCUCGCAUCAGUGGUAGCGCGGGCGAUUAUUCCAUGCUGGGCUACGGCGAUGUCAUCCUCCCGGGCUUGCUCAUCGUGCACAACCUAUUGUUUGACAACAGAAAGCGCGAAUCAGAGGUCAAGUAUUUUUACUUCUUCUGGUCCAUCGUCGCUUACGUAGUGGGAAUGUGUCUGACGUUCACGGCGCUGUAUUUCGAGGUCGGAGGUCAAGGGGGGCAGCCUGCCCUGACGUACUUGGUUCCCACAGUUGUGGGAACGACGUCUUACUUGGCUUGGCGACACAACGAUCUGGGCGAGAUGUGGCGCGGCUUCGAUGACGAAUACGUCCCUCUUCCCUCAGAAUCAUCAUCCGUGUUGUAA